GCCGUCCACACCCUUUCGCCAUAUUUCCAUCUCGACUGUUGCUAGCAAUACAAAAGGGAUAGGAAUUAAUAUAGUGUAAGGAAGGGGCAGCAUCAGGAGCGUUGCCGCCGCAGUAGUUGUGGGUGGGGGCGGGAAAAAACACUGUGACGAGGAUAAUAUUGCUUUCUAACUAAGAAGAGAAUACGGUGAAAAUAGGGACAUAAUUACAUCACUUUAUUCACUUUCAGUACUGACGAGGGCAGCUGAGAACGACCACAUUCUGCCUCCUCAAUCUGAAGGGAUACUGCAAGACCUUCUCUUUCUCCCUCUCUUUCCCUCUCUGUCUUUCUCUUUCUCUCUCUUUCCCUCCCUCCCUGUCUUACUGCGUGUGUGAGUGGGCAUGGCAGCCAGCAAGCCCAAGGGCCAGAACUCUCUGGCCCUGCACAAGGUGAUCAUGGUGGGGAGUGGGGGAGUGGGCAAGUCUGCCCUCACCCUGCAGUUCAUGUAUGAUGAGUUUGUAGAGGACUACGAACCCACGAAAGCAGACAGCUACAGGAAGAAGGUGGUAUUGGACGGGGAGGAGGUCCAAAUCGACAUUCUGGACACGGCCGGGCAGGAGGACUACGCCGCCAUCCGGGACAACUACUUCCGCAGCGGGGAGGGCUUCCUCUGCGUCUUCUCCAUCACUGAGCUGGAGUCCUUCGCCGCCACCGCCGACUUCAGGGAGCAGAUACUGCGAGUGAAGGAGGACGAGAACGUGCCCUUCCUCCUGGUGGGGAACAAGUCGGACCUGGAGGACCGCCGGCAGGUGGGGCUGGAGGAGGCCAAGGCCCGCGCCGAGCAGUGGGGCGUCAGCUACGUGGAAACCUCCGCCAAAACCCGCGCCAACGUUGACAAGGUAUUCUUUGACUUGAUGAGAGAAAUACGGGCAAGAAAGAUGGAGGACAGCAAAGAAAAGAAUGGAAAAAAGAAGAGGAAAAGUCUGGCCAAGAGAAUUCGGGAGAGAUGCUGCAUUUUAUAAUAGCUGGGGACCCCCUGCUUACAAAGUUAUGGCAGAAUCCUCUAGCCUCUGUGUUCUAACCAUACUUCUGAUUUAGUGUUCCGUGUCUGGUCUCCCUUUUCCCCUCAGCGAGCAGGCAAGGCGUGAGAGAUACUGAGACCUCUUUCUUUGGGGAUCGGGGUUCAGGGUAAGUUCAAGCGUGGGAAGUGUGCACUUCUUUAAAUGAGAAAAUACAGGAUAUAGUUUUUUAAAAAUUCAAGCUUGGAAUGAGCAAGCAUAAAUUUGGAGGCCAACACAAGUUGUAGUUCAAAUCAAGCAUUUUGACAUUUCCUCAUAAAAUAUUAGGGGCAGGCGUAAAAUAAGCACAGCGCUAAGCAUGACCGAUUCCUCUCGAAAAUCUUAAUUAUGGAAUUAGGUUGUUUGUGGUAUAUGCAUUUAGAUAACUACUCGGCUAUGGGCUUUUUUUGCCGGGCAAGUCUUUUGUAGCGAAAGUGAUGUUUUUGCUCAGCUGUUAGCUAGAUUUAACUUCACAUCAUCUCGUAAGUGUCUCACAGGGAGCAAGGGAGAAGUAGGAAGACUGAACAAAAUGGGCAGACUCAGUGAACAACAAGACAGGCAGACCCAGUAAAGAACAAGUCAGAAUGCAGUUUUUUGUGAUGUUUUUUAUUUGUAAGGUAGAGGCAAGUAAAUUUGUUUUCUGCAUCUGUUUGUAUUAGUGAUUUCUGCUGUGUGGUUGUAAUUAAGGAUGAGGUUAUAAUUGCAGCACUUGCAGCACAAGAAAUCACUGCACUAGCGCCGGUGUAAGAAACGCCAUUCUAAUUCGGCAGCACCUUAACAAAUUUAUGAAGAAUUUCCUUGUGCUGUUCUUCAGGAGGGUUAACAUCAAAGGGCGCUGGUGCAGCUGUAAUACUUAAAAGGAAUCCUCUUUAUUUACAUGGUUGUUUUUCUUUUUCGUGCAUUGCUUGAUCUGUAAUUAUUUAAUCGACUAACAGCCCUAAUCCUAAUGCCUUGAUGUUGAUUGUGAAUGUCUAAUCUGACAAUCCCUUUCCCCUCAUCACACUACUGCGCUUGGCAGUCAAAAUAUGCAAUGUAAUGAGUUUUAAAGAGGGACAGGGAGAGACAUUGCCAAUGUAUAAUACAAAUAAUUCUGUUAACAUUUCACUUUUGUACACUUAAAUAGUAAAUAGUAAGGUGCACAGAAAUGUGAAUUGAGCUCCAAAAGAAAUGCAUCUGCAUAAUUCCACUCUUAAAGAUAUUUUACUAUGCCUUACUUUAUAACUAAUGUGAAGGCACAUCACCGCUGUGAAGUACUAUCCUAGAAUAAGUGCUGUGUGAAAAAAUAUAUAGCACCUGGGCACCGAUAUUAAGCUCCCAAAAAGCGAUUUUUAUGAAGUGAGCAUACGACAUCACUACAUUUCAAUCGUAGUGUAGUGUUUAGUAGUUGACUACUCUUUCAUUUCUAAACUUUAGUGUGCCUGAAAUAAAACUGUGAUUGUGCAGUGCUAUUCUUCUGAAUGUGCUGCAUGACCAUGUGUUUUGCAGUAUACAAUUAAGGCCGAUUUACUACGACUUUUAGCGUGUGCAAAACCUCUUAGCGCACGCAAAACCAAUAACACAACCAAUGACUGGUGCAAAGCCAACACCAUGGCCAAUUACUGGUCAUGGUAUUGGUUUUGCUUGUGCUAAAAGGUUUUGCGCAUGCUAGGGGUCUUAGUAAAUCAGGUGUUUCUGAAGCCUGAAAAUUUUGAAUGUGUGUAUGUGUGUGUGCUCGCACACGUAUGUGCGGGUGCGUGCUUGUGUUGGCGAUUUAAAUUCCAACGUGUGCCAUUAGAUCUGGCCUCAUCUGGCCAAUACCUCACCUGCUCCAAUACUGUCUUCAUCCUGUGUAGAAGAGGCUGUUCCCAAAAGCACACUCUUCAAUACUCCUUUAAUAAUACCUUUAAUACUAAACAUUUACCAAAAGGAACCUUUUGUGAAUAGCAAAGGACCUUGGAGUCUGUAAGCAUUUAUUGUUUUCCCUGAUACAUUUCCCUGAAAAAAUGAUAUGGUUUGUUUUGUUUUAACACAAUUUUGUGUCUCUGGUCAUACAAUUGGUUUGAGCCUUUUUCUAUCUUGUUGAAAGGAUAUUUGUUGAAUGUGUACUUUAUACAUUAUAAAGUGAAUUCCUUUUCAGUCACUAAUGUUAAUCAUCUUGUAAUGUUACAUGGUACGCUAUGAAACAGAUUACAGCCCUAGCCAACUAAAAACUAAUUUAAAGAGGUAAGAGGUAACUAUUACUACAAAGUGAGUCUAAAUUGUCCUUCACUUUUGACUGAAUUGAUUAAAUAGCACACAAAUCAUCUGUUACACCUUAAAAAAUACCCAUGGCCAUUGUUUAGGAAGUGCAUUCAUUCAGCUUUCUAUUACAAAAUGAUCUUUCCAUUAACUCACUGAGAAAGGCAUUAUUGCAUUCAGAAAAAAGGAUCUUUUAACAUAAAGCACUUUAAACAUCAAUUCUCUAAUCUCAAUCCUACAAAAGCACAUUUUGCAGCACCACCCUCAGACUGACACAUUAUUUUACCUUCUUGUGCUUAACAGGAAUUCAAGUUGAGCAAAUCAUUUCAAUAACACUUUUUAUAGAUUCAAGCCAAGUCUUGAACUUUUUGGUAAAAACCACUCCCCUCACAAAAAUAUCUUGGCCCUAAUGUGCACAUUUUGCUGUUGCUUUAAGAGAUGAUCUGUGCUCAUUUUGAAUGAAAAGGACACAUACAAUGCAAAAGGAUAAACAGUGGAAAACUUAUUAAUUACAUAAAAGGGCUAAUUGUUCCAUUCCCCUUAAUUUGUUUAUGUUGAUGUAUGUUUCUGUCACCUGAUGAGUAGUGUCUCCUCUCCACAGCUGAACUACGUCAAUCUGACAAUAGCUGUCGUAGGUUGGUGGUGGCAGAGCUUUCCAACACCCAACAGUACUUGAACAAUCUGAGACAUAUUUGUACCGAAGAAAUACACGUUGUACUGUAGGGCCCAGCACACCGAACCAAAGGUCAUCCUGGUAUCAAUGCACAGAAGUCUACUUCUGAAGGUUGAAUGUGAUGAUGGGGUAUGUAGCAGAUUUGCUGAACUAUGAAUAGUGUAGUUUCCUUGCUGUUGUACUAUACCAUUAUUCCGUGGUGCUGCAUUUGCUUUCACUCACCUACAACCAAGCUGUGGGUGAGAAGCUUCACCUUGUAAAGUUUUAUCUUCAGAGUUGCAGAUACAAUGGUGUAUGCGGACUCAUUUUUGUUCCUCAUUGCAACUCAACAUUUUUCAUUUAUUAAAAAAGUUUGAGGUGUCAUGAAACUUAAAUUUCAAUUCAAUUCAAUUUUUCAUCAAUACAAGCUUUUUAACGAUAAUCUUUCCACCAUUUAAAAUUUUUUAUUGUUUUUUUUUUUUUUUGGUUGGACUCAUUUUGAACCGUUUUUUUGUCAGUUGUCCAUUGUGACAGCUUGGUUAAUGGACGCUGGCUCAGUUCUCCAUUCUACCAUGCUGCUUGUCUGUAGGAGGGGUGUUUAAACCGAAAUGGAGAAAUAUCUAAACAAACUCCAAAAGAUUUUGAAUAUUCAUGUGUCUGUGGCUGAAUGAACAUUAUUUGUAUUUUUUCAUAUUCAAUGUUGUAAACAUCAUUGAAUUUCAGUUUACAGCUUGUGUCCCCUCUGAAAUGGUUCUUCUCUCACUUUCUCUCUCUCUCAAAUGCUGGUUUAUAUUUUUGUGUAGCCUUAUAUUUUUCUUUUUUUCCUAACAAGCCCAGUGCAACCAAGAAUCCUCAGUGAAACCACUAAUAUUGUGACUUGCUGUUGUGAGGUGGGUACAAAGGUGCAAUGACGCUGCAAUGAUGUCAACAUUGCCUGGUUUGAGCCGAUGUCCCUUCUACCCACACCUUUUAACUGCUGUAUGUUCAGCCAUUUGAGAGAAGGAUAAAGAAAACUUAAAAUUAAAAUAAAGGAAUACCGUUUUAUAAAAUCUUC